CUGCUCCAUAGCAACAUCAGUACCAGGGCGACGGGCCAGUGGAGUAGCGCUGUUGCGGACGACUUGGGACAAAUAUCCUGAGAAUAUCUGAAACAGGUGCUGCAUAUCGACAGCAUGGACGACCAGAGGGAGUCACUGCAGAAGAUCAUCACCACGUUGGCCCUAAAGAAUGAAGAAAUUCAGAAUUUCAUCUGCUGUCUAAAGCAGAAUUUAGAAAACCUAGAGGAGAAUGCAAACCGAGUGCAGGAGGAUCUUGACUCAGAGUUUAGUUCUCUGCAUGCUGUCCUGGAUGAACUGAAAGAGGGCAUGGUCACACGCAUCAAACAGGAAAGAGCCAGCCGCACCUAUGAGCUACAGAGCCAGCUGGGUGCAUGUACCAAAGCCCUGGAGAGCUCAGAGGAGCUGCUUGAAUUAGCCAAUCAGACACUCUGCUCAGCUAAGAAUGACAGCAUCACUCAGGCGGCCAAAGACAUAAAGGAUAGUGUGACUAUGGCUCCAGCAUUUCGUCUGUCAUUGAAAGCCAAGGCGAGUGACAGUAUGAAUCACCUGAUGGUAGACUUCACUCAGGAAAGAAACAUGCUACAGGCCAUCUCAUUUCUUCCAGUGCCUGCGACGCCAGAAAUACAGUUGGCUGAAUGCCAGGUGUUUGAUAACACAGUCACAGCUGUGUGGACCUUACCUGAACCUGACUCCAAAAUCGACCACUACAUUCUAGAAUAUCGGAGAACCAAUCAUGAAGGUCCUCCCCGCGCUCGAGAAGACCACCCCUGGAUGGUAGUGGAAGGGAUAAAAGAAACUGAGUAUACACUCACUGGUCUUCGUUUUGACACACGUUACAUGACCUUUCGGGUGAAGGCAUGCAAUAAGGCUGUGGCAGGUGAAUUCUCAGAGCCGGUUACUCUGGAAACGCACGCAUUUGUCUUUAAACUGGACGCUAGUUCGGCCCAUCAGAACUUGAAGGUGGAGGAUCUCAGUGUGGAAUGGGACAGCAGUGGUGGAAAGGUACCAGUCCAGGACAUCAGAAAGGACAAGAACAGAACCAGCUCUCCCAUGCAUUCUCCCGCCAGGACAGCCAUGAUGUCCCCCAAAAGAGCUCCUACUGCUAGAGUGGGUCGAGACCGUUUCACAGCAGAGUCCUACACUGUCUUGGGUGACACCAUGAUUGAUUCAGGGGACCAUUACUGGGAGGUGAGGUUUGAUAAGGAGAGUAAAGCAUUUGCAGCUGGCAUCGCUUUGCGGUCCUUUGGCCGAUUUGACCAGUUGGGUAAGAGUAAUGCAUCCUGGUGCAUCCACCUGAACAACUGGCUUCAGCAGAGCCUCACAGCCAAGCACAAUAAUAAAGCCCGAACCCUGGACUGCCCCAUUCCAGACCGCAUCGGCAUUUACUGCAACUACGAAGAAGGCACAUUGUCUUUUUACAAUGGUAGAACUAAAAGUCUUCUUCAUACCUUCAGAACCAAGUUCCAGCAGCCUGUUAUACCAGCCUUUAUGGUGUGGAAUGGGAGUUUCUCAGUGCAGACGGGGCUGCAGGUACCCAGUAUUGUGCUGAGUGGUCAGAAGAGAAACAGUAAUACAAGCAGCUCCAAUGCCAGCCUUACUUAAACGUUAUCCAUCAGUCUUUCACUGACAAAUAUAUACUCUUUAGAACUGUUACAUGUUUGCACAGGCUUGGAGAACAUCUGGCUAACCUGAACAAAGCCUGGAGGCUCUUUCUGUCAUCACAUUGCUUGCCAGCCCAGGGGGAGAACUCUUUUAGCUCCCCUUCCUCAUUACUUUUAGCUCACUGCUACUGUGCCUUUCAGUGUCCUGAAUUAAGACAUCUAGAGGUGUUAUUUUGUUUCAUAAUGCACAGAGCUUUAUUAGCUUGUUCAUGUAUAUGUCAUUAGGGCCAAAAUAUUGUAUUUUAUUGUUUAGCAUUUGUUAAAGAAAUGUUAUAGGUUCAAUACAAGUGAAGCUCAAUUGACAGUAUUUGUGGCAUAAUGUUGAUAAACAAGGGACGGAUUGAAAUAGUUUUGUGGUUAUUCAAAAAAAAAGCAAAAAAUCAGUUAAGGCACUUAUAAUGGAAGUGAAUGGGGCCAGUCCAUAAACAUCCCAAUACUCAGUUUCAAAUGUAUAACCACAAGACCUAAACAUUAUUUGUGUUAACAUGAUUUUAGUGUGAUAGAAUCAGGGAUUUACCGCUUAUAGAGCAUUUACCAGAUUUCAAUGUUUACUAGCAUCAUGACAAUGAAAUUGUAAUAUUGAAUGUAACUAUACACAAUGUGUAUAUCACAUUAAAAUUGCAUGACACCAGCGACAGCACAAGAUGAGAAUGCAUUCUUUUGUUCAAACACAGCUGGAUGGAGCGCAAUUCCAAAGGUAUAAUAUAUAUUUAUAAUUAUUUAAAUAUAAAUAUAAUUGUUUAAUCAUUAUAUAUUGAAUUACCGUUGUUUGAGGACCUUUCUCAGCAAUUAUUUAUAUAUGCAGUUAAUUGCGAUUCAUACAAUUAAUUGGUAUAUCAUGUAAUUAAUUCAAUUACAAAUUUUGAUCGAUUGACAUUCCUAAUGUUAACGUUUAAGGACUGGCCCAAUUUAUUUCCAUUGUAAGUGCCUUACUGUAACCAAACUUUUUUUGUACAUAAACAAGUGACGAGUUUAAAUUAUUAUUAUUAUUAUGUCUCAAAUGCUGUUGAUUGAGCUUAACUUGCAUUGAACUCAGAACAUUCUUUAAAAGUGAAGGUUUAUUUCUGCAGCACCAAACAGAAUAGCAAAAAAAUGUCUGUUUUAAAAAAGGUUUCCUGAACACUACCCCCAAGUCCUGCUUCAAACUCGAGCUAUUGGUUGAGCGAGUGUUGCUGUUGGACCGGUUGGGAUGCUCAAACAGAGCAAUGUUUUGAAAGCCUUACAGAGCCAGUGUUAACACUUUUUUUGUUUUUUGUUGAGGAAAUCAAUAUAAAUGGCUUACUUCUAGUUGUCUCUGCAUAUUAAGCUGGUAUAAGAGAAGUAUUUUAACAUUGAAAAAUGACACGCUUCAGCUUUAAUUCAGACCACUGUAUUUCUCAACUAAGACACAUUUUAACAGUCAUUUCAAUGCAGCUGAGAACAUGUUGGUGUUAUUGUUUGAAAUCUCAGAUGUAACUAUUAUAUUUACACUGAAUAUCUUAUAUGCCUCGAAUUCUGCUAGCUGCUUCAGUGAACAAACAUUUUUAAACUUAGUAUCAAAGUAGCACAAUAAUCUUAAACGAAGUCAUAGAGGAAGUCAAAAGCCUUUUAUAGAAUGUAUUUAAUUAAGCAUUCCCAGCAUUGGUGGAAAAGGGAGGCAGAUUCAAAACAAACCAUUGUUAUGCACGGUUAAUGAUAUGUGUGUGUGUGUGUGUGUGUGUGUGUGUGUCCAUGUUCAUGAUUAGUCACCCAUAAAGGUAAACGUUCAGUAUUUAUGCAAAUAUUUACUAGACUUGAUUUUUUUGGAUGCCUGCUGCAAAUACUUGUACAUUACAGAAGACAGAGAUUUUUUGCUGUUCUCUAGUUAAAGGAAUAGUUCACCCAAAAAUGAAAAUUCUCUCAUCAUUUACUCACCCUCAUGUCAUCCCAGAUGUGUAUGACUUUUUUCUUCUGCUGAACACAAGCAAGGAUUUUUAGAAGAGUAUCUCAGCUCUUUUGGUCAAUACAAUGCAAGUGAAUGGUGGCCAGAACUUUGAAGGUACAAAAAGCACAUAAAAGGCAGUAUAAAAGUAAUCCAUUUGACUAGUGGCUAAAUCUAUGUCUUCAGAAGUGAUAUAAUAGGUGUGGGUGAGAAGCAGAUCAAUAUUUACGUACUUUUUUACUAUUAAUCUCAGAUUUCACGCUCACAUUCUUUGUGCAUAUCGCCCCCUACUGGGCAGGGAUGAGAUUGUAUAGUAAAAAAGGACUUAUAUAUUGAUCUGUUUCUCACUCACACCUAUCAAAUCACUUCUGAAGAUAUAGAUUGAACCACUGGAGUUGUGUGGAUUUUGGACCUUCAAAGUUCUGGCAACCUUUCACUUGUAUUGGGUGGACCUACAGAGAUAUUCUUCUAAAAAUCAUUUUUGUUCAGCAAAAGAAAAAAAGAAAGUCAUACACAUCUGGGAUGGCAUGAGGGUGAGUAAAUGAUUAGAGAAAUUUCAUUUUUGGGUGAACUAUCCCUUUAAUAUAACCUGCAACACUUAGACAUUAUAAAUGUUUCUUUCUGAAAAGUAAGUCAACCUGUAAAGUCAUAAUAUUACACCACCUGUUACAUCAAUAAAACAGCAUGUCAAACACUAUUGUGUUGCACAUCCAGACAAGGAAGAAAGUGGGAGAUAUACUUUAUUUCUGUGAUCAUGUAUUGUUCUCAGAACAUGUAGCAUAAAACAAGUGAUCCAUUAUAACAGGAACAGAGAAACAUCACAUUUGUUUUAAAUUUCUGUACAAUAUGUGAAGAAAG